AUGGCUCCUGGAGGCGAAGCGAGGGUCAUCCUUGUGGAUGAGGAUGUAGGGGAAGUUGCUGGUGAGGAUGCUCUGGUUAUUAGGGAUAUCCUCGCGAAGGCCGCCGAGACUAAGACGGCUGAGGAUGCUCUUCCCCAAAAGGAAUCCUCAGGUGUCCCUGAAGAGGUUUCUGGGAGGAUGGCGAGCAAGCGUCCUCUCCACUCUGACGCUCCUGCCCCCGCUCCUAAGAAGUUUCGAGCUCCCAGACGCCCGGAUCCUGCUUUGCCCCCACUCGAGAAGAAGAAGAACUCGGUGGUGCCCCUGCUGUCUGCUUCUAACAAUGACAUCUUGAAUGCGGAGGACAUCACCCACCAGUCCCCGGCGAGCGUGGUCGCUGAGAUUAUUCGGGAAUGGAUGUUUGGUGGGAUCACAGCAGCUUCGGAUCCUCGCCUGCUGGUUCUUUCCGGCCUUCUGGCUAGCUCUACUCAAGAGCAGGUGGCCUUCCGAGCUCGGUCCAGAGAGGACCUCAGGAAUACUGCUAGGGAGCUGCUCUUGAUGGUCACAGGCAUAUUCAUGGAGAUGGAUGCCCGGGAUCGCGCUCUCAGGGAAUCUGUGGACCGCCGUAUAGAAGAGGUGCGCCUUGAGGAGAACUUAUCCGCGACCAGCGAUGCCCAGGGCAAUCUCGCCGCUGUCCAGGAAGACUACAGGUCCCUUCAGUUUGAUUUGCACACGGCCUUGAAGGCCCGUAAGAAGGCUGAGGGGGAGACAGCUGAGGCGCAAAAGCAUGCCCAGUCCCUGGAAGCGGAGUUGUCUCACGCCCGGAGGGUUCUCAAGGAAUCUGACGAGAGGGCAGCUGCAGCAGAGGUCCGUUGUGAGGAAGUUCUGAAGCAGCUGUCCUCCACAGUGGAUGAUCUGCGUGAGAGGGACGAGGCCGUGAGCCAGAAGGAGGAGGUUCAGCGCCAGCAUGAGCAGCUAAAGGUAAAAUUUGAUGUUGUGCUGGCUCAAAAGAGUGAAGCCGUAGCUCGGGUUGUGGUCCUGAAGCAGGACUUGAGCAAGCAAGCUGAUAGUGUUAAGGGCUUGACUUUGGCGGCAGAGGAGUCCAAACUUCAGAAUCAACAACUCUGCCAACAAGUCAAAUCCCUGGAGACGAGGUGCUCAGCCCUGCUUGAAGAGGUCAAAUUGGCUGAGGAUAGGGUCCAGCUGGAGGUUGAGAAGUGUCUAAGGGAGUAUAAGGAGUCCCCCGAGCUGAAGAAGGAGAUCCAGCAGGCCAGUGAAGUUUAUCUCCAGGAUUACAAGAAUUCUUUGGAGCUAAAAGCCGAGGUAGCUGAGGCCUGCGAGAGGCGACUUGCAGAAUGUUUGAGGGAGGCCAGACAGGCUCCUUCCACUCCGCUAGCGAAGCUCCGAGCUGCUGAGGUGGACUCUGAUGGCGAGGACGUUCUCUACGGAGAGGAUGACCUGCCCUUGCCUAAGGGAACUUCUCACACUUCAGCUGGGCCCUCUGAUAAGGACACUGAGCUAGGAGAAGAGGAUGAAAGGGCUGCCAAAGAUAUCGGGCCUCCGGAGCUAGAGAUUGUACCUUAUACGGGUGAUGGGAGAUCUGAGCAAGAGGACACCAGACCUCCCACAAGCAAUAACGCAGAUGCUAGUGUAGAGAAUAGCAAUGUAGAUAGUGAGAUACCUAGAAAUGUAAGUCCUUUGAGGACAAUCUUUCCUCCAAUAAUCUUAGAUGAUUAG